GUAUUCUCGACCACCACACGCACGUCAUCUAGGCUACUUUACGCAAAAGUGUUGCAUUUCGAAGGCCCAGGUGGAAGGAAGUCUUGACCGUGGUGGAUUAGUUCCUGACAGCAGCAGCAGGAGGGAAUGGUGGAAAGGGGUAUCAGACGAAAUAACAGGACAAAUUCCUAUCAAGACGGCCCAAUAAAGAAUAUUUUAUAGGAAGGAAGAAUCUUCAGCUUCUCAAGCCCUGCCAUUACAGCCAGUCAACUGCAUAGAGCUCCUCUAGUUGAGAUGAAGCCUAGAAGAAGUCCUGCCUGGCCCAUCACAGAGUCUAUGCCGCUACUUUAAGCAUUAGAGGGGAAAGAUGAAAUUAGAUAAAAAAUAAAGUGGAAGAGUGGAGGACCUCACCCCCAGCAUCCCCCAAAAGCAGCAUGGCAGGACUCCAGCUGGUCACCCCCGCCUCCAAUCCCAUGGGGCCUUUCUUUGGUCUCCCGUGGCAACAGGAGGCCAUCCACGACAACAUCUACACGCCUAGGAAAUAUCAGGUUGAACUUCUUGAAGCAGCUCUUGAACACAAUACUAUUGUCUGCUUAAAUACUGGCUCAGGGAAGACCUUUAUUGCAGUACUCCUAACUAAAGAGCUCUCCCACCAAAUCCGGGGAGACUUAGUCGAACAGGGGAAGAGGACAGUUUUCCUGGUGAAUGCAGCAUCGUCUGUGAUUCAGCAAGCAGCUAGUGUUAGGACCCACUCCGAUCUCCAGGUUGGAGAAUACAUGUGUGUGGAGAAGACCUCAUCAUGGUCCAGGGAAAAGUGGAGCCAAGAAAUGAUUGAAAAUCAGGUGCUCGUUAUGACGUGCCAUAUCUUCCUGCAUGUGCUGAAGAGUGGAGUGUUGCCACUAUGGAAACUCAACCUGGUGGUGUUUGAUGAGUGUCACCUGGCAAUCACGGACCAUCCCUACCGGGAUAUAAUGAAGCUAUGUGAGGGCUGUCCGUGCAGCCCUCGGAUCCUGGGCCUCACUGCAUCCAUUUUGAAUGGUAAAUGUGACCCGUCUGAACUGGAACAGAAGAUCCAGAACCUGGAGCGGAUCCUGCAGAGCAAUGCAGAGACAGCUACUGACCUCGUUGUCCUUGACAGAUAUGCCUCCCAGCCCAGAGAGGUGGUACUGGACUGUGGACCCUACCUGGACAAGAGCGGCCUCUCAGAGCAUCUACUGAGCGAGCUGGACGAGGCUCUCCACUUCCUCAACGACUGCAACAUACCUGUGUCUCGAGAGGACAGAGACCCCACCUUCAUAUCCAAACAGGUGCUGAGUGACUGCCGGGCGGUGCUGCUGGUACUGGGGCCGUGGUGUGCCGACAAGGUGGCUGGCAUCAUGGUGAGGGAGCUGCAGAAGUACAUCAAACACGAACAGGAAGAGAUCAACAGGAAGUUCCUGCUCUUCACCGACACCAUCCUGAGGAAGGUCCACGCCCUGUGUGAGGAACUCUUCUCCCCGGCCUCUCUGGACCUGAAGUUUGUGACCCCGAAGGUCAUCCGUCUCCUGGAGAUCCUCCAUGAGUACAAGCCCUUUGAGAGGCAACAGUUUGAGAGUGUGGAGUGGUACAACAACCGCAACGAGGACAGCUACGUGUCGUGGAGUGACUCGGAAGACGAAGACGAGGAUGAGGAGGUGAAGGAGAAACCCGAGGCUAACUUCCCCUCGCCGUUCACCAACAUCCUGUGUGGGAUCAUCUUCGUUGAGAGGCGCUACACGGCCGUCGUCCUCAACCGGCUAAUAAAGGAGGCAGGGAAACAGGACCCGGAGCUGGCCUACAUCAGCAGUAACUUCAUCACAGGACACAGCAUCGGAAAGAACCAGCCACGCAACAAGCAGAUGGAGGUGGAGUUCAGGAAACAGGAAGAGGUUCUGCGUAAGUUCCGUGCCCACGAGACCAACCUGCUCAUAGCGACCAGCAUCGUGGAGGAAGGGGUAGAUAUUCCCAAGUGUAACCUGGUGGUGAGGUUUGACCUGCCUACUGAGUACAGGUCCUACGUUCAGUCUAAAGGCCGAGCCAGAGCUCCUGUCUCCAACUACAUCAUGCUGGCUGAAAGUGAGAGGACCAAGACCUUCGAGGAAGACCUGAAGACCUACAAGGCCAUAGAGAAGAUCCUGAGAAACAAGUGUUCCAAGGCAGCAGGGGUCGGGGACUUUGAGGUGGAACCGGUGCUGGAUGAUGACAACAUUCUGCCUCCCUACGUGCUCCGCUCUGAGGAAGGAGGACCCCGCGUCACCAUCAACACGGCUAUCGGACACAUCAACAGAUACUGUGCCCGUCUGCCCAGUGACCCGUUUACCCACCUGGCACCUAAGUGUAAGACCAAGGAGCUGAAGGAUGGGCGCUACCAGUCAACCCUCUACUUGCCCAUCAAUUCCCCUCUACGGGUGCCCGUCGCUGGGCCAAUCAUGAACUGUGCACGACUGGCAGAGAAGGCAGUGGCACUACUUUGCUGUGAAAAUCUUCACAAAAAAGGUGAGUUGGAUGACCACUUGAUGCCUGUGGGGAAAGAGACAGUGAAGUAUGAGGAGGAGCUGGAUCUCCAUGACGAGGAGGAGACCAGUGUUCCAGGCAGACCAGGAUCCACCAAGAGGAGGCAGUGCUACCCUAAAGCUAUACCAGAAUGUCUUCGGGACAGUUACCCUGUACCGGAGCAGUCUUACUACCUGUAUGUGAUUGGCAUGGUCCUCACCACCCCUCUGCCUGAUGAGCUCAACUUCCGCCGCAGGAAGCUCUACCCUCCAGAGGACACUACCAGGUGCUUCGGCAUCCUGACUGCCAAACCUAUACCUCGGAUCCCCCACUUUCCUGUGUACACGCGGUCUGGUGAGGUGACCAUCUCCAUGGAGCUCCAGAAGGCUGGGUUCACUCUGAGUGCUGUCCAGCUGGACCUGAUCACCAGACUACACCAGUACAUUUUCUCUCACAUCCUCCGCCUGGAGAAACCUGCUUUGGAGUUCAAUCCCACGCAAGCCGACUCAGCCUACUGCGUUCUACCGCUCAAUGUUGUUGAGGAUUCCAACACUCUAGAUUUGGAUUUUAAAUUCAUGGAGGACAUAGAGAAGUCCGAGGCUCGUGUUGGCAUUCCUACCACCCAGUACACCAAGCAGAACCCCUUCACUUUCAAACUGGAAGACUACCAGGACGCUGUCAUCAUUCCACGGUAUCGUAACUUUGACCAGCCUCACCGGUUCUACGUGGCUGACGUUUACACAGACCUCACACCUCUCAGCAGGUUCCCAUCACCGGAGUACCAGACAUUUGCUGAGUACUACAAAACCAAGUACAACCUGGACCUGUCCAACGUAAACCAGCCACUACUGGACGUAGACCAUACCUCCUCACGCUUGAAUCUGUUAACCCCUCGCCACCUGAACCAGAAGGGGAAAGCCCUGCCCCUCAGCAGUGCAGAGAAGAGGAAGGCCAAGUGGGAGAGUCUUCAGAACAAACAGAUCCUGGUCCCAGAGCUGUGUGCCAUCCACCCAAUCCCAGCCUCUCUGUGGAGGAAGGCUGUGUGUCUCCCCAGCAUCCUGUAUCGCCUUCACUGCCUGCUCACAGCCGAGGAGCUGCGGGCCCAGACAGCCAGCGACGCUGGAGUAGGAGCCCAGACCCUGCCCUCUGACUUCAGGUAUCCAAACCUGGACUUUGGAUGGAAGAAGUCUAUCGACAGCAAGUCAUUCAUCUGUUUGCGUGAUGAGGAAGAGGAGGAGGAGGAGGAGAGGACAGCGGUGACGAUAACUGUAAACAACAGGGCCAGACUUGACUCUCAUGUCUCUUCGCGGCCUGAGGGGGGCGACAUCGGCCAACACCCCGAAGAUGACAGCCCAGAGGAGGAGGAGCCCCAGCAGCCAGACUCCGCCUCCUGCACUAGCAUCCUCGCUAACGGCACUGCCCCCAUUGUCAAUAACAACGGUGACCACGGCGACCAUGCACACCUUCACGACGGACGUGACAACUGCCAAUGCCUCCCGGCUGGUUCUGGUUUGCCACUGGAGAAUGAAAAAGAAGUAUCAACAACACAAACCACUACCUCAGUUCUUUCUGUGCAGCCCUCUCUUAGCAUCGAGAACCAGAAUCUAACCCCAACAGCACCCUGGACCCAGCCUCCACCCCCUCAGCCCCUCCCAGGGACCCAGCCUCCACCCCCUCAGCCCCAGCCAGGGACCCAGCCUCCACCCCCUCAGCCCCAGCCAGGGACCCAGCCUCCACCCCCUCAGCCCCAGCCAGGGACCCAGCCUCCACCCCCUCAGCCCCAGCCAGGGACCCAGCCUCCACCCCCUCAGCCCCAGCCAGGGACCCAGCCUCCACCCCUCAGCCCCAGCCAGGGACCCAGCCUCCACCCCUCAGCCCCAGCCAGGGACCCAGCCUCCCCCCUCAGCCCCAGCCAGGGACCCAGCCUCCACCCCUCAGCCCCAGCCAGGGACCCAGCCUCCACCCCUCAGCCCCAGCCAGGGACCCAGCCUCCUCAGCCCCAGCCAGGGACCCAGCCUCCUCAGCCCCAGCCAGGGACCCAGCCUCCUCAGCCCCAGCCAGGGACCCAGCCUCCUCAGCCCCAGCCAGGGACCCAGCCUCCACGCCCUCAGCCCCAGCCAGGGACCCAGCCUCCACCCCCUCAGCCCCAGCCUAGCGAUGAAUGUAGACCAGGGAGGACCUCAGAGCUCCGUGAGGGCGACGGACACCACGUGAAUCAAGCUACCUCAGACUGCUGCAGCCCAGCAACAAUGACGGGGCCCGCCGGCACAGCUCCCAUCACCACAACACCUUCACCUGACCCCUCAGAGGCCCUAGAGACCCAGGAGAUCACCACCAGCAGCUCUGUAGUGGGGGAUACCCUUGGCCCCUGCCCCAAGACCCUGGGGCCCAACCCUGGGCUCAUCCUUCAGGCCCUGACCCUGUCCAACGCCAGUGACGGCUUCAACCUGGAGCGUCUGGAGAUGCUGGGGGACUCCUUCCUGAAGCACGCCAUCACCACCUACCUGUUCUGUACCUACCCCGACGCACACGAGGGACGACUCUCCUACAUGAGGAGCAAGAAGGUGAGCAACUGUAACCUGUAUCGUCUGGGAAAGAAGAAAGGUCUUCCUUGCAGGAUGGUGGUGUCCAUCUUUGACCCACCGGUCAACUGGCUGCCCCCUGGCUACGUGGUCAACCAGGACAAAAGCAGCGAAGACAAAUGGGACGAGGAUGAGGCCAAAGAGGAGCUCCUGGCCAAUGGUAGUGCUGGAGAGGAGUUGUGUGUGGAGGAACUAGGGGAGGAGGUUCUGGAGGAGGAUGAAGAUCUGAUGUGGAAGGAGCCUAAAGACGAGGUCAACGUGGAGGACGACCUGGAGUACUACCAGGAGCACAUCAAGUUCAUCGACAACAUGCUCAUUGGCUCAGGUGCCUUCGGCAAGAAGAUUUCCCUUGGUACCUUCCCCCCCUGCCCCCGCCACCCCUGGCCCAAGUCCCAGCCCUCCGCCCGCUCCUCCUCCCCUGCAGCCGAGCCCAGCUACGGGGAGUGGAAACCCCCCAAGAAACCUGGCCCGGUCCCCACCCCCCACUACCCCUCAGAGCCUAGCGGUGGUGGCUCAGCAGAUGAGUUUGACUACAGCUCGUGGGAUGCCAUGUGUUACCUGGACCCUAGCAAGGCAGGGGAGGAGGAUGAUUUCGUGGUGGGUUUCUGGAACCCGUCGGAGGAGAACUGUGGGGCGGAGUUGGGGAAACAGUCUAUCUCCUAUGACCUGCACACGGAGCAGUGCAUCGCUGACAAGAGCAUUGCUGACUGUGUGGAGGCACUGCUGGGCUGCUACCUCACCAGCUGUGGGGAGAGGGCUGCUCAGAUGUUCCUCUGCUCACUGGGACUCAAGGUGUUACCGGUUGAAAGGAGGAGGCUGAAGGAGAAGGGCGGGGUCAUAGAGGUCAUGAACCUUGACCUCCAGUAUGGCUGGCUGAAGAUCCCACCCCGCUGCAUCUUUGACCACCCGGAUGCCGAGCUCACCCUCAACCACCUCAUCUCUGGCUUUGAGAACUUUGAGAGGAAGAUCAGCUACACCUUCCAGAACAAGGCCUACCUGCUGCAAGCCUUCACACACGCCUCCUACCAUUACAACACCAUUACAGAUUGUUACCAGCGACUAGAGUUUCUUGGCGAUGCAAUUUUAGACUACCUCAUAACGAAGCACCUUUAUGAAGAUCCGCGCCAACACUCUCCCGGCGUGCUCACAGACCUGCGCUCGGCGUUGGUCAACAACACCAUCUUCGCCUCCCUGGCCGUCCAGUACGACUUCCACAAGUACUUCAAGGCUGUGUCGCCCGAGCUGUUUCAUGUCAUCGACGACUUUGUGCAAUUCCAGCUGGAGAAGAACGAAAUGCAAGGCAUGGACUCUGAGCUUCGGCGCUCAGAGGAAGACGAGGCAAAAGAGGAGGACAUUGAGGUCCCCAAGGCAAUGGGAGACAUAUUUGAGUCACUAGCCGGAGCAAUUUACAUGGAUAGCAGAAUGUCACUGGAGACAGUGUGGCAAGUGUAUUAUCCAAUGAUGAGGCCACUUAUAGAGAAAUUCUCAGCUAAUGUCCCUCGCUCUCCGGUGCGGGAGUUGUUGGAGAUGGAGCCUGAGACAGCCAAGUUCAGCCCUGCGGAGCGGACGUACGACGGGAAGGUCCGCGUGACAGUGGAGGUCGUGGGCAAGGGCAAGUUCAAAGGCGUGGGCCGCAGUUACCGGAUCGCCAAGUCUGCCGCCGCGCGCCGGGCCCUGCGCAGCCUCAAAGCCAAUCAACCUCAGGUCCCAAACAACUGAGCUUCACACGCUAACUAGCUAGUUACUGAUGCUAGCAACUGACGCUAUCUACCUACAACUGUUGCUAGCCAGUAGCCACUGAUGCUAGCUUGCUACUGAUGUUAGCUAGUCGCCACUGAUGCUAACUACUGACGCUAACCAGUAGCUACCAGUGCUAGCAACUGAUGCUAACUACCAACACAGUCCAGCAUUAGUCCUGUAUCUUCAGCCCUCAAUGGCAAACCAAGGCAGCCAGGGAACGUUCUGUGGAGACAUGGGGAAGUCACAACGAGAGCUGAUCUAGUUGUAACGGAUUUCACAUUUUAUUUUACAUUUUUUUGCAAACACAAUCUUUACUUUCCUUCUGUUCUCUGCUUUGUGUAAUCACAAGAGUGCUUUAUUAACGUAUAGCAAAGUGUUAAAAAGAAAAAAAAGGUCAGGUGUUGCUUUGUUAAUUUCUCACUUUUUAAUUUUUUUUAAUUUUGUUUGUUUAACCUUUGCUUUGUGUCAGUGAGAUGCUAGGCGUAUGCGUAUUAUGAGUAGUAUUAGAUUUGUACAUAGUUCAAAUCAAAGGUGUAAAUCUAAAAACGCUAUACUCCUCAGUCUGUGCACUAGUGCCAGUUUUAAAGCGGUUCUUAAAAUGCUAUUGCUAAGGAAAUGGCAAGCAGAGGCCAGACCACCAGUGAAGACGACCAGUGUGGCCCACCUCUCUCUGAACUCUGUCUUGAGAUGGUAUUCUUAGGGUGCGUCUAAAAUGGCACUCUAUCCCCUAUACAGGACCCUAUGGCCCUGGUCAAAAGUAGUGGACUAUAUAAGGAAUAGGGUGCCAUUUGGGACGUACCCUCAAUCAUUAUUGCACUUAUUCCAUUAGGGUCUGUUAUGUUCAGAAUUGUGUGGUCGGAUUGGACAACAAAAUCCUAUAUGUAACAAAAAUAUAUAGAUACAUUUAUGAUGAAAUAUAAAUAUUAUUUGCCUUACAUACUAAGGCCCUCCCUCGUAUCCUGAAAAAAAGAAUAGGAAUUCAACAUUCCCGCUUACUGUAAAUUUAAAAAUAGUUUUUAAACAGCACUCGAGGAUGCAUGUUCGUGUAGCUUAUGUAUUAAUAACCAUGGCAACUGGAUGGCUUAUGAAAAACAUUUAUAAAUCUAUCAAUAUAUCUAGAGGGAAAGAGAUAUUAAAUGUUUAUUAUUAUGACAUAAGUCGACAACUUUAGUCUCAAUGUCUUUUGAUACCAAGAUUGAUCAUCUUUAUUUUGUUGGUCAUUUUGUAAGACUCAGAGCACCUUUUGAUUACAGUCUUUAGGACACAGGUUGUUCUUCUUUUUCAACAGAAUCGUGGUUCACACAUCCCUUCACUUUACCAAAGCUAAUACAGAUGUGAUGCUACAGGGUUGCACAUGUGAAGUCAGUUCCGAGGGAUAUGCAUACCAGCCUUUUUGUUUCAUUAUUUACUUAAAACACAUUGUGACAUAGCGCCCACGUUAUGUGACUAAAUAGCCUCUUAGACUAAAUGUCUUUAUUUUCUCUCAAUAGUAUCAAUAAGCCCUCUUCACUUGAAUACCUCAGUUGAUUGCAUGCAUUUGUUUUUGGUGCUAUGUUUUUUGUUGUAUUAAGCUUGAAUUUCUCAUCCUUUUUGCACUGUAACUAUAAUACCUCUUUCUUUGACCUUUUUGAAAUCUGUCAGUUGGGUUGGUUGUCCUGUUCUAGCAGCCUUCAAGCUGUAGCGGUUCAGUUGCAUCGGUGUUCUCUUUGUUUUUCUUCUCUCCCUGCCCAAUUGAUUUAAUGCUUGAUGAUUUGGUCGGGUAAAACCAGAGGGUAUUCUUAUUCUGCACAUACAUAAGCCUAAACUAAUGUAUUUAGUCUCUGUUGAGCAUCAGUCCUCUUCAAAUGAAGAAGACAUGAAUUGGCCAUGAUCAGAUGGAGGGGGCCUCCUGUACUGUAGCUUGUUGAAGUAAACCGAUUGCACUCUAUAUCUCUCACCGUGUGUGGCCAGCGCAGUCUUAGUGUAUGCCGAAGGCCUUUGCAAGACUGUACGUCGGAUUCAGCCUUUUACGAUUGUCACAUGUCACACUGUGCGAUGUUACCAAAUUAAAAUCUUGAUAUCAACCUUG